AACAUCUUCGACCCUCAACAAUCAAUUGGAAGACUUCUAUCAACCAGAUUUGAUCGCCAUUCCAUGAAAAAAACAAACUUCCCAAUGAAAUGAUAUUCUCUCUCCUCUUUCUCUGUCUAAAUCUCUCAACUCUUUUCCGUUUCUCUUCCGCCAGAGGCGCUGCCCUCCAGAGUUACAAUCAAUCAGGUUAUGAUGCCAGUAUCUAUGGGCGUUCUGGGAGGCGGUUGUAUGCAACCAACGACUUUAAGAUGUCUGAGGAAGAUUACAAUGCGAUGCUUGAAAAGUUAGCACAUGGCUACAUGAGUAAUUCUGAUCUUGAGAGAGCAAUGCAGGAAUUUAACAGCCGUUGUCCAAACAUCUCCAGAAUUUACAGCAUCGGGAAGAGUGUACACGGAGUUCCUUUGUUGGCUAUGGAAAUUUCGGACUCACCUGGGAAUAUGGAUGCGAAGCCGGCUUUCAAGUUUGUUGGAAAUGUGCACGGCAAUGAACCUGUAGGGCGUGAACUCCUAUUGAUGCUAGCAAAUUGGCUUUGUGAUAAUUAUUUGAAGGACUCGUUGGCAACCACCAUUGUAGAUGGUGUUCACCUUCAUAUACUUCCGUCCAUGAACCCUGAUGGUUAUGCUCUGAGGAGGCGCAAUAAUGCAAACCACAUUGAUCUGAAUCGUGAUUUUCCAGACCAGUUCUUUCCUGUGAAUGAUGAUUUGGACUUGAGGCAACCCGAAACAAAAGCCAUGUUGAAUUGGAUGGAAGAUAUACACUUUACAGCAUCUGCCACUCUGCAUGGGGGAGCGUUGGUUGCAAACUAUCCAUGGGAUGGAACUGAAGAUAAAAGUGAUUACCACAGGAGAGAUUACUUUGGUUGCCCAGAUGACAAGACUUUCAGAUUUUUGGCCAGUUUAUACAGUAGGUCCCACUACAAUAUGUCUCUAAGCAAGGAGUUCCCUGAUGGAAUUACAAAUGGUGCAUUUUGGUAUCCAAUAUAUGGUGGCAUGCAAGAUUGGAAUUAUAUUCACUCUGGCUGCUUUGAACUCACUCUAGAGAUUAGUGAUAAUAAAUGGCCUGAUGCUAGUGAGCUUCCAACUAUAUGGGAUCAUAACAGAAUGAGCAUGCUAAACCUCGUUGCAAGUGUAAUUAAGACAGGUAUACACGGACGAGUUUUGUCAUCAGAUGGAAUACCUUUGCCUGCAUUAAUAGCUAUCCAGGGAAUAAAUUACACGAUUGCUGCUGGCAAAAAAUUUGGUGAAUAUUACCGAUUGCUAGCUCCGGGAGAAAAGUAUGAAGUUAUUGCAAGUACGCCCGGAUACAAAUCGAAGAGGGCUUGUGUUAUACUCGGAGAUGGAGCAGUGACAGUAGAUUUUGUUCUUGAUCCAGAGACUAGUAGCACACACAGCGAGAGUCGGGUUUUGGAGGAUUAUGCUGGAUGCUACUUCGACAGCAAGCCUAGUCUUCAAGUCGUCGAUUUUUUGCCCGCGUCACAGUUGGAAAUUUCUAUAAUGUUGUUUGUAAUGUUAGGACUUCUUUGCUUCCUAAUGCAGAGGAGAGCAAGAAGAAACCAUAAACAGAUGCCUGUAUCUGUGCCCAGAAGAGCAGCUGUUGUCUGAGACAUUAUUUUCUAAUUUAUGUAACUAUAUAUUUGCAGAGA